AUGGCGCAGCAAGAAAUUCAACUGGACAGAGAAAGAUUCUGCUGUCCGAUCUGUCUGGAUCUACUGAAGGAUCCGGUGACUACUGGCUGUGGACACAGCUACUGUAAGAGCUGUAUUAACACCCACUGGGAGAAUGGGGAGGAGAGAGGAAGCUACAGCUGCCCUCAGUGUAGAGAGACCUUCACACCAAGACCUGUCCUGAGGAAAAACACCAUUUUAGCUGAUUUAGUGGAGGAGCUGAAGAAGACUGGACUCCAAGCUGCUCCUGCUGAUCACUGCUAUGCUGGACCUGAAGAUGUGGCCUGUGAUGUCUGCACUGGGAGAAAACUGAAAGCUCUCAAGUCCUGUUUGGUUUGUUUGGCCUCUUAUUGUGAAAAACACCUCCAGCCUCAUCUUCAGUCAGCUCCAUUUAAGAAGCACAAGCUGGUGGAGCCCUCAGAGAAGCUCCAGGAGAACAUCUGCUCUCGUCACGACGAGGUGAUGAAGAUGUUCUGCCGCACUGAUCAGCAGUGUAUCUGUUAUCUCUGCUCUGUGAAGGAACAUAAAGACCAUGACACAGUGUCAGCUGCAGCAGAAAGGACUGAGAGGCAGAGAGAGCUCGGGCUGAGGAGACAAACAAUCCAGCAGAGAGUCCAGGACACAGAGAAAGACGUGAAGCUGCUUCAACAGGAGGAGGAGGCCGUCAACGGCUCUGCUGAUAAAGCAGUGAAGGACAGUGAGGAGAUCUUCACUGAGCUGAUCCGUCUGGUGGAGAAAAGAAGCUCUGAUGUGAAGCAGAAGAUCAGAUCCCAGCAGGAAACUGAAGUGAGUCGAGUCAGAGAGCUUCAGGAGAGACUGGAGCAGGAGAUCACUGAGCUGAAGAGGAAAGACCAUGAACUGAAGCAGCUCUCAGACACAGAGGAUCACAUCCAGUUUCUACACAACUACCCAUCACUGUCACCACUCAGUGAAUUUACACACUCAUCCAGCAUCAGGAUCUGUCCUCUGAAGAACUUUGAGGACGUGACAGCAGCUGUGUCCCAGGUCAGAGGUCGACUAGAGGACAUUCUGAGUGAGACAGAGACAGAGAUUUUACAGAUUGUGUCUCAAGUGGAUGUUUUACUGCCACAACCAGAGCCAGAGACCAGAGCUAACUUCUUAAAGUAUUCACAGGAAAUCACACUGGAUCCAAACACAGUAAACACACUUCUGUUAUUAUCUGAGGGAAACAGAAAAGUAACACGUAUGAGUUUAGAACGGUCUUAUUCUGAUAACCCAGACAGAUUCACCGUCUCUGACACCAUGACUCUCCUCCACAGAGUCCAGACCACAUUCACUCAGCCUCUCUGUGCUGGAGUUAGGGUUUUUGAUGAUGGAGACACAGCUGAGUUCUGUAAACUCAAAUAG